AUGAGUGCUAAAUUUUUCGUCACCUUUGCUUCUGGCGCCUCCGGGCUUGUGAUCGUUGUUAGUUUAAUUUGUGUUGGAAUGCUUUUCCAAGACAUCAACAACCUCUACGAUGAUGUAAUGGAUGACAUGCAAGAGUUCAAGAUGCUUGCCAAUGAGGCCUGGAAAGAAAUGGUCGUCCCAUCCAAGGAUGUCGAUAUUUUCGGACGUAAGAAACGUUUUGCUCCAGAAUGCAAUUGCGGACCUCAGCCCAACGACUGCCCACCCGGACCGCCCGGACCACGUGGAGAACAGGGACCGCCAGGAGAGGAUGGACCGGAUGGACCUCCUGGAGCGCCAGGGCUUCCCGGAGGCUCCCUGUAUCUACCAAAGGAUGAGGGCUGCGUCAAGUGC